AUGUCGGAACUUAGUUUUAAGGACAGGGUGGUUAUAGUCACUGGCUCUGGUGGUGGUAUUGGUAGGUCCUAUGCUCUUGAGUACGCAAAACGCGGAGCGAAGGUUGUUGUUAAUGAUCUUGGCGGAACUCUUGGCGGUUCUGGGCAUAGUACCCGUGCGGCUGAUGUUGUUGUCGAGGAAAUUAAAAGCGCAGGAGGUGUUGCGGUUGCGAACUACGACUCUGUUACAGACGGAGAGAAGAUAGUGAAGACUGCGAUUGAUGCUUUUGGUAGAGUUGACGUGUUAGUUAACAACGCGGGUAUUUUGCGUGAUUCAUCCUUUGGCAAGUUGACUGAGGCUAAUUUCCAGGCUGUGGUAGAUGUGCAUCUAAAUGCGGCCUACAAGCUUUGCAAGGCUGUCUGGCCAUACAUGCGUCAGCAGAAGUUCGGGCGUAUUAUGAACACUGCUUCCCCUGCAGGGUUGUACGGUAAUUUUGGCCAAACGAACUACUCAGCUGCUAAAAUGGGUCUUGUUGGGCUUUCACAGACUUUGGCAAAGGAGGGUGUGAAGUAUAACAUCAAUGUCAAUGUUAUUGCUCCUUUGGCACGCUCGCGUAUGACGGAGAACUUGAUUCCUCCCCAUAUUCUCAAGGUCAUGGGUCCUGAGAAGGUUGUUCCUAUGGUCUUGUACUUGACUCACGAACAGACCCGUGCAACAAACGGUAUUUUCGAGCCUAUUGCUGGUUACUAUGGGCAGGUAAGAUGGGAGCGUUCCGCUGGUGAGCUAUUCAAUCCAGAUGAGAAGUUUUUCACACCCGAGGCCAUCUUGGAGAAAAUGCCAGGUAUUGUGGAGUUUAACAAAAAUAAGCCCUUCAAGAGUGUUGACUAUCCAUACCAACCAGUCGACUAUAAUGCUUUAAUUGAGAAGGCAAGGGGAGUAGUUACCAACCCUGCAGGAAAGGUUAAGAUUACUUCUUUAAAAGACAAGGUUGUGGUUGUUACCGGAGCUGGCUCGGGCUUAGGUAGAUCGCAUGCUUUAUGGUUCGCUAAAUACGGUGCAAAAGUUCUUGUCAAUGAUAUCAGGGACCCUUCUGCAGUUGUUAACGAAAUUAAUGGAUUGUAUGGCGCAGGCCGUGCUGCACCAGACCAGCACGAUGUGGUAACUGAUGGAGCAGAAAUCAUCAAGAAGGCAGUGAUGGCCUUCGGGACUGUGGAUAUCUUAGUAAAUAAUGCAGGAAUUCUAAGAGAUCGUUCCUUUGCUAAGAUGACUGAUGCUGAGUGGACUGCUGUCAUGAACACUCAUUUGACCUCCACAUUUAAAUUGAGCAAGGCAGUUUGGCCAAUCUUCCAACAGAAAAAGUCUGGUGUCAUUAUUAACACUACUUCCACAUCUGGUAUUUACGGUAACUUUGGGCAAGCUAACUAUGCUGCUGCUAAGGCAGCAAUCCUUGGUUUCUCAAAGUCCCUUGCUGUGGAAGGUAAGAAACUUGGAAUCAGAGUUUAUGUUCUUGCACCAUAUGCUGAAACUGCUAUGACGAAGACCAUAUUUACUGAAAAAGAAUUGAAGAACCACUUCGUCCCAUCUCAGAUUUCUCCUCUCCUUGUGACUUUGGCAUCCGAAGAGUUUGGAAAGCUGUACCGCUCAGGCACCGACUGGUUGUAUGAAGCGGGAGGUGGAUGGAUUGGUCGUACAAGAUUCCAAAGGGCCAAAGGUGUCAUUUCUUUGGAUGUGGUAGCCCCUGAAUAUAUAAGAGACCACUGGAAUGAAAUAACUGACUUCUCCCGUCCAACGAUCCCACUCUCUAUUAAUGACGCAAACGGUUCUGUUUUGCAGCAGAUUUCUGUCGCUCAGGCCAACAAGGAGGCAAACGGAGAAUUUGAAUACAAUCACCGUGACGUUAUCCUAUAUAACAUCAGUUUGGGUGCAACUACCAAAGAGGCAAAGUACACUUACGAACAUGUGCCAAACUUCCAGGUAUUACCAACUUAUCCAAUUGUUCAAGCAAUGAAUGCAACCUCCACAGAUUUCCCAUCUAUGCUUGACAAUUUCGAUUUUGCAAUGCUGUUGCAUGGAGAGCAAUAUUUGAAGAUCAAUCAAUUCCCAAUUCCUACGGCUGCCAAAGUCAGGGUUGACAAUAAAGUUGUUAGUUUGGUGAACAAGGGUAAAAAAGCAGCUUUGCUAGUAAAUGGUUCUACGAUUGUGGACAAGAAAACCAACACUCCAUUUGCUUAUACUGAGAACAGUUACUUCGUUAGAGGUGCACAAGUUGUGAAAGGAAAGGAACACCUAGAGUCUCGUCCGAAGUUUGCGACUAUGUCAAUCGAGACUCCGAAGACUGAGCCUGACUUCGAAGUUGUUAUCCCUACUUCUCCAAAUCAAGCUUCAUUGUACAGGUUAUCUGGAGAUUACAAUCCUUUACAUGUUGACUUUAUGGUUGCCCGGAUGGCAGGUUUCAAGAAACCAAUUCUCCACGGAUUGUGCACCUUGGGUCUCUCUAUCAAACAAUUGUAUGAUAAAUUUGGAGCGUUUGACGAAUUGAAAACUAGAUUUUCUGGUUAUGUCUUCCCAGGGGACGACAUAAGGUUGAGAGCCUGGAAGGGACCUGGUGGCACCAUAAUCUUUGAGGCAUACGACAUUAAUAGAGGGGCAGUGGUCUUGAAUAAUUCCGUUAUUAAACUAGUUGGAAGCUCCUCUAAACUAUAG